AUGCGCGCCACAAGGAUGUCGGUUGUGGACUUCUGGAAGAACGAAACCCUUGGCGACGGUUUCAAUAUUCGUGUCGCACAUGGAGUUAACAGUUGGCCGGAUCUCGUUGAUCAACUACACGAGCCAUUUCUCAACAAAUCAAUGCUGAUCGAGGGCGAUGUGUUUCUGCAGACAGGACGACGUCCACGACAUCGUGCCAUACCGGUAAUGAGAGCUGAUGCCAGGACAGCUGAUCGAAUCACGUUCAAGGAAUGGCUCCGUGAAGUGGCAAAUCUACGAAAAGGUCAGAACAGUUAG